GGCGGCAGAUUCCACCCCGCCGCCGACGAUCGGACUUCGGGCGGUUCGGUGCUUAAUCGGCGUUCACUUCUGUCCACACUCCACCGCCGCGACUCUCGAGUACUGGUCCUUAGUUUCCGUUUCAGUCUCCCCUGUGCUUCGCGCCAAAAAUCGUCGUCUCUGUACGUUUUUCGCUGGUCAGUGAACGUCGUUAUUCUUCCGGCCGACGAUCGACGUGUUUGCCUGCGGUUCCGGUCUUAUGUCGAUUUUCUUGUGCGUCCACCUAGUCUGCUGUACGAUUUCGAUUUAAAUAAUUCCAUGAUUUAAACUAUGCACCUACGUUGUUUUUUUUAUACCCAACACUUUAGAAAUCCGAGUAUGUUGAACUACUGAGAUUGCAUCGAAUGGGAUUUCAAUUCGAAUGUAAAACAUUGGCACACAUUAUGAAAACGAAAAGACAGACUAACAAGAAGACCAAUACCAAAAAACUGAUAAAAAAGCGAUCUGUUGGAAGGCCUCGUAAAUCAAAAAUUAAAUAUGAUGAAUUGUCAUCAGAAACAUCAUUAGAGAGUAUAAAAAUGCGUACACAAGUGACUACGAGUAUUCCAUUUGAAAAACCUCAAAUCCGUUCAACUGUUAGACCACCGAAGCCUAAUUCUGAAGUUCAUGUGUCCUCUUCUAGCCCUGUGGAAAAUAUUGUCUAUCGACCUCCAAUUGCAAAGACUACAAGUGUACUUUUAAGAAACGUGUUGCUUUCAACAGAUAGAACUAGGUUUAAUAGAUCUACAACAGAUGCUAGUCUUACUAUUUCAAACAACAACAAUCCAUAUUGUAACUAUUAUCAGUUGGACAAAUCAAAACACCUAAAUCUAGAAGUUUCACAUAGAGCUUCAUCGUUUGCUGAAAACUCAUCCCGAUUAAAGUGGAAAAACAGCAAUAAAAAGUUAAACAUACCUACAAAAGAAAUAAAAUCUACUGUAUCUGGAAGUGGUUACCUUUCUAACCUUCAAGCUUUUCCUGAUAUCCCACAACUGGCUGAUGUAGAUAUUAAUGCGAGUUUUGAGCUAGAUAACUCUAACUAUAGCAUAAAUGAUCAAACUGAUUCAGAAACAGUGCUAUGUAUUGAUGAUUCUGAUACCUUGAGUAAUGAGUCUGCAGAGAACAUUGAAAAGGAACAGCAAGAGUUUGAUCAACGUUGGGCUAUGUCAGUUCGUAUGGAGAGUGGAGCAUUGACAUCACCAUUUGCUCAUUGUGAAACAUUUAAUCCAUUAGACGAUGUUUCUCUGUUAGGGCCACAAGAUACAGCAUUAGUACAAAAUGAUGUUAUACAAAAUUACAUAGAAACAAAUAAUGUCCAGUUCAUGCAAUUACCGGAUUCCAGUUGUGAAGUGAUUAGAACCUUGCAAUACUAUGAGUCAAGAUUAUUAACUAGUCCUUGGUCUUUUCCAGAACAUUUACAGAAUCAUAAUGAGUCUAUUUCAAAUGAACAGACAGUGCAUGGUGAGCAAUUAAAUACAACAGGAUCAAACCACACUCUUGCAGAAUUUGCAAAUAUGCUUCCUUGUCCAAUUGCUGGCUGCUUAUGGUAUUCACAUUCUGCAACUUUAUAUGUUCACUUGUUUACAUGUCACCAAGAUAUGAUAUACUAUGGAAAUUCGAUUGCGCAUGUGUUCAGAUGUCAAGAUAUACAAAAUUUCUGCUUUUUUACUCAUUUACAAUUCGUACAAAAUACUAUAUAUAUAAUCACUGUUGCAUUUGAUAGCUAUAGUCACACAUUUGUUGCCACCAUUCAGCAUGUUUCAUCAUAUGGUGACAAUACAAGUGUUUCACCAACUACAGCUAUACUGACCACUAGUUCUGUGUGUAAUGCGACUGAUCAACAUUCUUGGAGUGGCCCAGUGCAGCCUUACAGUGUUCCAUUGGAUGUGCUACAUGCUGAUGGUAGAUGUUUAUUCAUUGACCCUACCAAUUCUGAACAGAUGAUUAUCAAUGUUAACUUAACAGUACCAUUGAUUUAUUCAAAUGAUUCAAUGUUUGCCUGCUUAUGAAUAUUAUAUUUGUAUUCUUUAUUAUGCUUUAUAGUAUUUAUUUAGUACCAACAAUGCUAUAUCGAGUUAUGUUUUACAGAACAUUCUUAUUACAUGUUUAAUUGUUUUACUUUGUUAUUAAUUUAUUAUUAUUUAACUUUUUUGUUGGUAAGGUACCAACUGUUUAAUAUAUAAAUUACUAUUAAUAAUUAAAUGGUUGGUAUAAAAAAUAUUACCUUUAUAUAGAUAGCAUAUGAUACUAUUGUGUCUCUUAUACAAAUGCUUAAUUAUUUUACUUUUUAUUACAGUACAUUACUUUAUUUAUGUUAAUUUUUCUUUACCAUUUAAAUACUACAAAAGAAUAACACAAUUAUGUUCAGUAAUUAUGGGUAAUUGUGUUGGAUAUCCAUUUAUAGUUUUGUCCCAAUCCUAAAAAGUAUGAUUCAAUUAUUAUUUAUUUAUAAGGCUAUAAUUGAUAAUUUUGUUUAAUUGUAUUGUUGGCAUCUUUCUGAUUACAAAUAUACUUUUUACAUAUGUGUAAAUAAUUCAAAUUUGAAUUACCUCAUCUAAGGUGUUGUAAUUAAAAGAUUCCAAAUAUGUUUGGUUUAAAUUUAAGUGACAUUGGCAAUGUAUUUUAUGUAUUAUU